UCUCGCUUUGUUUACAUCUGACCAUCAGCCGAGUCGCCGAGGUCAUUUUGCACUUAAUUACUCGAGAAAAUGAAUUUUUAAGGCAUCAAGUCGGCAAAAGAGCAGAGAAAUUGUCAAAGCACUCACGGCAAAAGCAUGGAAAGGGAAGAACUAGAAGUUUCCGUGUUUUUGCCCCUUCAGGUUCAUCUUCGGGUGUAUACUUAAGGGCAAAAAACCCUCAGAGGUUAGGUGAACGUUUAGGAGAUGGUGUUGAUGCUAAUAAUUUGAAAGAAAUCAUACCUGAAGAAGUGAUAAAAUGUGCUGAUAAUAGAGAAGAGGAGGGACUGAAUGAUAGCUCCAUGUAUUUUCUAGUCACAAAUAGCCAAAAAAUUGCUCAGGCCAAUGCUGCUGUUAGACGCAAAAGGCCAGCAGAAACUGCUAGGCCUACAAGAUUUGAACUGGAAGAAGAGUCAGAAAACGGCUCAGUGCAGAUUGCCACAUGGUCAUCUAAAUCACCAUUACCACCAUAUUAUUCAUCUGGUUCUAAUGAUAAUAACGAUAACAGUAUUUCUGUAAGUACACCAGUUUCAAAUUCUACUGUGAAUGUUACCUCUCCAAACAGUGUUGCUAAGAAUACAAGUGUUACUUGGUCUAGUAGUACAUCGCCAUUAAACCAUUUGUCAGGUGAAAGUUCUAAUGAUGAAGUAAGAGUACUACCCAUUCCACAAUCUCAAGAUCAAUGUCCAGCCUUUUCUCAAAAUGCAGUAGAAAAAAGUUCAUCUAAUUCACCCAGUUCAGAUUAUCAUGAUUCAUCUGAUUUGGAUGAAGAAUGUUUAGAAGAAGAAGAUACAGGAAAAGAAAGUAAAGAGUUGAUGGAAAAAAUAUCAAAUAUUUGUAAACAACUAGAAGAUGGGGAUGUUGAUGAAAUGGAAUCAAAUGUUGAAAAUCCUAGUGAUGCACAAAGUAGUCAAGUCAUGGUGAAGGAGGAGUCCAAGUCAUCUCUCGGAAGUAGUGAGGAGGAUACUUCUGAAAGUAAUGAUUGCAUUAUACUUGAUAGCUCUGGCCCUCCAAAAAAAUCUAUACUGAAAAAGAAAAAGGAAAAAAGCAGCUCUGUUAGAAUAAAGAAACGGGUUUCGUUUCCCUUAGAUGAAAAUAAUGAGUUGAUAAAUGAAGUUGCCACUUAUUCAAAUUCAAAAGAGCCAUCACAGUCCCUCAUUGAUGUUCAGAAGACUGUUGGGAGUUUCAGAUCAAGUGAAGAUUCCCCUUCACCAGUAAAAUUAACUUUAUCAUUGAAGAAAAAAGUUCUUAUGAACUUAGCCUUAGAUGAUAGUGAUGUUUGUGAGUCGUCUAGUCUUGGGAAUGAAAGAGGUAAGAAUAAAAAGACUGGAGUUAGUUCAGGUCAGUCUACUAGUCAAGGGAUUACCCAGGGAGACAUGUCCAGUCAUGCCAAAAUUAUCUCAGAAGUGUUGAAAAAGUAUCCUCACCUUGUUAAAGACAGAAAAAAUAUUAGAUUGAAGAUCCUUAAAAAAGGUAGUGACAAAAGUAAUGGCGGAAAGCUUGUGAAAUCAAAAGUUCAGUACCUUGUUUUAAGUGAAAAUGAACAUAAAAAUAAAUCAAGUUCAAAACAUGACAAAAGUUCAGUGAAUGGAAGUAAGGUAGAAGUGAAUUCAUCUUCUCGUGCUGUGAGGACAACUCAGAAAUUUAAUUGCCCUGAAUGUGAAGAGGCUACAUUUUCCUCAUAUUUUGCAUUUAAAAAACAUGUGACAGCUGAGCAUAAGGACAAAAGCAGUUCAAUUUUAGCAGGUAUUGACAAUGUGCCAUAUGCUUGUUACACUUGUUUUUUGAAUGAACCAUUGGAGUUUUCAGAUUACUGCAGCUAUCAGCAACACAUGAAAGAAGUUCAUAGUAAAAGGGAGUCGAGGCUUUGUAGUAUAUGUGGUUACCGACCUGGUAGAAAAUUGGAAUUGGCCUAUCAUCAGUACAUAGAACAUAAUAAAAUACCCAGAAAUGUGACGUUUCCCAAGUGUGAUCUUUGUGAUCAUGUGGCAAUGAACGAUGCUGCUUUAUUGAAGCAUCGUUCACAGCAUGCAAAUGCUGAUAAUUAUACAUGUUCUGUUUGUGGAGUUGCAUUUCGUUCGUUUGGUGCUCUCCAAGGUCAUAUGCAAACUAAGCUGUGUCAGAGCAAGCCAAGCGUUAGUCACAAAUGUCCAUAUUGUCCCCAGACUUUUGCACGAUCCUACAACUUGAAGGCUCAUUGCAAAUCCAAUCACAGAGCAGCACAUUUAGCAGCCCAGGCAGCUUCUAAUUCAGCUAAUGAAAGCAAAGAAGGUGAAUCACAAACUAAGUUAGCAAACUCUCUUAAAAAAACAGAUGAGAUAUCUGAAGGUGUCAGUGGAGGAGGUGGACUGAUGGUGGAGCAUGUAUGUGAGACAAUAACAGAUAUAAGUAAUAAUCAGUCUUCCUCAGAGGCAGAGGCUCUCUCUACUGUAGCCAACAGCUUAGCGGCAUCCCUUGGUUUGCCUGAAGAAACAGUAAAUCAUUACAUGUAUGCUCAGGGGAGUAAGAUAGAUUUUGCAGCAGAUCUUGACAAUGAAAAAUAUGAAGACACUGUAGCUAGACCAAAUGAAGUCAAUGCUCAGCUCAUGGAAUCAGCAGCAUCAGUUUCUGGUUAUUCAGGAAAUUUGCCUUUGUGUCAUGAUGGUACUUACACAAGUCAGGCACCCAUUUCAACCACAACUACUGUUGGAACAUUUUACCCAGUAGGGGUUGUGCCCAGUCAACUUGUUCCAGGUCAGAUUGUUUCUGGAGAGAUAUUACAGAGUCAGGUACUUCCAGGAACUUGUAUGAAUGUAGCAGGAAGUACUGUAUUGGGAGCUCCAUCUCAUAGUUGGACAUACGUCACUUACCAAGUCCCAACUUCGGGUGAAGAUUUACCUUCGGUAAUUACUGAUAGUACUAAUAUAGCAGGUGUAAGUGCUGACCAGAAUUCAGCAGGAGGAAUAGAAACUUCUUUAGGAGUUAAGAGUUCAAAGAAUGAAAAUGCUCUUGGUAACAGAGGCAGUGGCAGGGAGGGUCCAAAUUCACUUGUGGUAAUGGCAAACACUGCAACCCAAGUAAGCAUUAGCCAUGCAUCUCAUAUUUCUACUCCUCAAAGCUAUGAUGCUUUUUCCUCUCAGUAUGUGUAACUGCAAAAUACAUACAGCAGUAUGUAACAUGUAUUUAAUGCAAGCUUUCAUUUUGUUUCUAUACAGCAGUUUUGUAUUGCCUUCAGUUUAUUAUUUUGUUCAUUUAUUAGCGUAAGAAUGUUACUCAUUUUGUAGUUUUCAUAUUUUUAUAUAAGUAACUUACCAAGCGGUUACAUACCUAACAAUUUCAAAGUACCAGCAGCUAAAAUUUGAAAAUCAUGGUAGCGAUUCUUUUGUUUGUUUUUGGUAUAGAUAAAUAGCCCCACCCACUUUUCAAGGAAGGAGAGAAACAACACAACAGAGAGCUCCAAUUUAUUUCUGCCGGCUUCCAAAGAAGGUCGUGAGCAGUGGCUUACUAUUUGGAGUUCAUAGGCUUUACUGGUUAUAACCUUGAGGAUAUCAUUGAAGUAUUUUGGAUUCUUUAGGUAGCCUUUCGGCAUUUAUUUAGUCGGUUUUUUUAUUGAAUAACUUUAUUCA